UGCUAUAGCCAUUGCUUUACUUCUAUUUUUGUCUUUAAAGGACAUCUGGAAAUUCCAAUGACACUGAAUAGGUGAAAUAAAAGAUCCACAAUCCAGUGAGAGACAGAGAAGUAACAGAAACCACUCCACCUAACUGAGGAGAGAAAAAAAAGAGAUCAGGGAACACUCUCAACAUGGACUCAGAGAUCCACAUGUCUGCCCCAGUGUGCCUCAUUAAGAACACUGAAGAGCAACUGCUGGCUAAUCAGGAAGCUUUGGAGAUCCUGUCAGGCAUUAAGAAUCCUCUUGUGGUGGUGGCUAUUGUGGGCCUCUACCGCACAGGCAAAUCCUACCUGAUGAACAAGCUGGCUGGGAAGAACAAGGGCUUUUCUCUGGGCUCCACAGUGCAGUCUCACACCAAAGGAAUCUGGAUGUGGUGUGUGCCUCAUCCCAAGAAGCCAAGCCACACUUUAGUUCUUCUGGACACUGAGGGCCUGGGAGAUGUAGAGAAGGGUAACAACCAGAAUGACUCCUGGAUCUUUGCCCUAGCAAUACUUCUGAGUAGCACCUUUGUGUACAAUAGCAUGGGAACCAUCAACCAGCAGGCCAUGGACCAACUGCACUAUGUGACAGAGCUGUCAGAUCGAAUCAGGGCGAAAUCCUCCCCUGAUGCCAAUGGGAUUGAAGAUUCAGCUGACUUCGUGAGCUUCUUUCCAGAUUUUGUGUGGACGUUGAGGGAUUUUUCCUUAGAGCUGGAAGCAGAUGGUCUACCUAUCACAGCAGAUGAGUACCUGGAGAAUUCACUCAAGCUUAAACAAGGCAACACUCAAAAGGACCAAAAUUUUAAUCUGCCCCGACUCUGUAUCCGGAAGUUCUUCCCAAAGAAGAAAUGUUUCAUCUUUGAUCGACCCACUCACCGGAAGAAGCUAGGCCAGCUUGAGACAAUGCAUGAUGAUGAGCUGGAUCCUGAAUUCGUGCAACAAGCUGCAGUCUUCUGUUCCUACAUCUUUAGCAAUUCCAAAACUAAAACUCUUUCAGGAGGCAUCAAAGUCAAUGGACCUCGUCUAGAGAACCUGGUGCUGACUUAUGUCAAUGCCAUCAGCAGUGGGGAUCUGCCCUGCAUGGAGAAUGCAGUCCUGGCCUUAGCCCAGAUAGAGAAUGCAGCUGCAGUGCAAAAGGCCAUUGCCCACUAUGACCAGCAGAUGAACCAGAUGGUGCAACUGCCCACAGAAACCCUCCAGGAGCUGCUAGACCUGCACAGGGCCUGUGAGAAAGAGGCCAUUGAAUUCUUCAUGAGCAAUUCCUUCAAAGACAUAGACCAGUUAUUUCAAAAGGACUUAGCGGCCAAACUAGAAAAAAAGAGAGAUGAGUUUUGUAAACAGAACCUGCAAGCAUCAACAGAUCGUUGCUCAGAUUUACUUAAGGAAAUUUUCAGUCCUCUAGAAGACUCUGUGAAGCAAGGGGUUUAUUCCAAACCGGGAGGGUAUCGUCUCUUCAUCCAGAAGACACAAGAGCUAAAGAAAACAUACCUUCAGAAACCUAGGAAGGGGAUACAGGCUGAAGAGGUUCUUCAGGAGUACUUGGAUUCCAAGGAAUCUAUGACCGAUGCAAUUCUACAGACAGACCAGACACUCACAGAAAAGGAAAAGGAGAUUGAAGUGGAACGUGUGAAAGCUGAAUCUGCACAGGCUGCAACAAAAAGACUGGAGGAAAUGCAAAUAAAAAAUCAGCAGAUAAUGGAACAGAAAGAAAGGAGUUAUCAAGAGCAUGUGAAACAAUUAACUGAGAAGAUGGAGAAGGAUAGAAUCCAGUUGCUAGAAGAACAAGAGAGAACUCUAGCUUUGAAACUUCAGGAACAAGCCCGUCUACUAAAGGAAGGAUUUCAAAACGAAAGCAAACGACUUCAUAAUGAGAUACAAAAUCUUCAGCAGAACAGCAAGACCAAGGAGAAUAUGUGUCAUAAGCUGAAGACCUAAAGAACAGAGCUUUCCUGGUUACCCUUACCCAACACGUAACUUAAAUAAUUUCUGAAUUUGGAAAAAUAUCAUUAUACUUGAAAGUAAUUAAGUCUUGCAUUUUUAUAACACUAGAAAUUUGCAAAGAUUUGCAGUACUAUAAUUAAAAUCAUGUCCCUCUUCCUAAGAAAAUUGUAAGUUCUAUAACAAUGGUCCAUUUUAUAUCUCUAACAACAUAGAAAGUAUGAGCUGGUACCAUUCAGGAGCAGUUUAUUCCUCUGGGUAACCUUUAGUUAACAAAUUGAUACUGAGCCAAGUCUUAGGUAAAAGUUUAGGAACAUAGUUGGGCAUCAGUUUGGCCAAGUGUACAGUGGGUUUCAAUACUAGGGACAACCAUCCUAGCUUCUAGUGAAGACGGUAUGCAGUUUUCCAUAGUAUCACAACUACACCAUUUGUGAGCAGUUAUGUGAUCACUAGGCCCUGGCCAUGGACAAUCCUCCCUGAUGGAUUCCAAGCUAAAGCAAACCACUUUAUAUAGAGAGAUCUAGAAUCUCUACAGAAUUUUCAUAAGAAGAUAGAAGAAACCAUUAGCAUGAGUAGGGGCUGGGUCAUCAAGAAAUGGGCCAAAAAAAAAGGAAACUCUCCUUUCCUGCUCAAUUCACCCAAAUUAUAACUUUAAUGGGACACUUUAGAAUUUUAGAUAAGUGGGCAGCCUGAGUGGCUCAGUGAUUUAGCGCUGCCUUCGGCCCAGGAUGUGAUCCAGAGACCCGGGAUUGAGUCCCACGUCAGGCUCCCUGCAUGGAGCCUGCUUCUCCCUCUGCAUGUGCCUCUGCCUCUCUCUCUGUGUGUGUCUCUCAUAAAUAAGUAAAUAAAUAACCUUUAAAAAAAAAGAAUUUGGGGAUCCCUGGGUGGCACAGCAGUUUGGCGCCUGCCUUUGCCAGGCGCGAUCCUGGAGACCCGGGAUCAAAUCCCACGUCGGGCUCCUGGUGCAUGGAGCCUGCUUCUCCCUCUGCCUGUGUCUCUGCCUCUCUCUCUCUCUCUGUGUGACUAUCAUAAAUAAAUAAAAAAUUUUUAAAAAAAGAAUUUUAGAUAAUUGACACUGGGCUGAACAUAGUAAUAUGAUGACAGUUAUGCAUUGUGUAUAAUUCACAAAGAUGGACCUUAAAUGAUGACAAAUAAUAUAUUAGAAAACCGAACUAAAUUAUUAGAUAAUUUAUAAUCUUAUAACUUAGGCAGUAUUUUCCCUAUUCUUAACAGCCUGCACUUGAAAGUUUGCUGAUUUUCCCCAAAGAAAUUAUAGAUUGUUUUUUAUAUUUUUUGAUCAACAAAGUAAUGCUCUUGGUAUUACUUAGUAUAUAUAGACUUUAUCCUAUUUUCUAAAGUCCUAGGUAAAUGGCUGAUGUUUCUUAAAAUGACUAAAAGUUAUUUUCAGGCUGAAAAUAAAAUAUUCUUCACUAGGCUUUUUAUUUGUGAUAGUUCUUUGUUUCUUUCAGUGUUCACCAAAAGAUAAGGCUGGACUCUUCAUAGCAAUGGUUGGCUAACUUUUCUCCAAAAGGCCAGAUGAUAAUUAUUCAUGGCAUCGUGGACUGUACAGUUUCUAUCUCAACUGCUCAACUCUACCAUGUAGUAUGAAAGCAGUCAUAGACGAUACAUAAAUGAAUGGGCAUGGCUGUGUUCCAAUAAAACUUUAUUUUAAAAAUUAGGUGGUCCCCACAAGCCAUAGUUUCCAGAUGAUUGCUCUAUUAAAUCAUUGGUCAAAUUCUGUGUAUCUGCCUUAUGUUGUUUACAUUUGUAAGGGAAUGUGUAUUAAACUGUAUGUUAGGAUCUUGAAAGUAUUACACAAUGUUUCAAUGAAUUAGAACAUGAGAAAAAUGUAUGGAAACAGCUAAUGCC